AUGAAAAAUAGGGAAGAGACAUCGAAGCCCCCUUUACCAAAGAGGAUGGUAAAUGUAAUAACUAGGGGUGAGGAGGUUAAUGGAGUAAUAUACACAGCAGCAGAAAGAACAACCAAAAUCACAGUGACCCACGAGAAGUGGAUUCGACAAGUCUUAGAGGGAGAGCACAUAGCAUUCAACCAUGAGGAUACCGAUGGCUUGUUCAUCCCUCACAAUGAUGCGCUGGUAAUCUCUUUACUUGUUCAUGAUACUAAUGUCAAAUGGGUUUUGAUUGUUCCAAGUAGCUCUAUCACUUUUAUAAUUAUAACAGUGGUCAACGAGAUGCAAGCAAUUGAUCGAGUAAUACCUAAGGCUUGGUCUUUGUCUAGGUUCGACAAUUCAAGUGUCAUAACAAAGAGAGAAAUUACGUUAUGCACUUUUGCCGAGGGUGUAGUGAAAGAUACCAAAUUUCAAGUGGUGGAUGCAAACAUGAAUUACAACAUGAUUUUAGGGAGGCCAUGGAUUCAUGAUAUGGAUGCAAUACCAUCAACUUUACAUCAGGUUAUCAAAUUCCCAUCACAAUGGGGAAUUUAUCAGAUCAGGUCAGACCAACGAGAAACACGAGAAACUAAUACGGUUGUUGUGGCAAGUGGAACGACCAAAGACGGGGAUAAAAAAUAG